CCUUCGGCGUUGCUUGGCGACAUGGUCAAACAGUGCUCCUGUUUUUCAGUUUGUUUCAUGUGGAGGCCCCAGAAAGCAAUUUUUAUAAAAAUGAAAUAUCUACAUUAGAUAUGCCAGCAGUGUUGGGGUCACAAAUUAUGGGGGAAGGAAGAACAGCCUUUGAUGCUCUGGAAAGAUUUUGCAGCAGUCAUGAACAAACAUAUGCUGAAUUCUUAGAAUCAUUUGUGCACCUCAAAAAAGAGGACUUGAAGAAACAAAAGACAUCUCCUGAAGUUGGCAGCAUUGCAGAUGACGAAUAUAAACUAACUCGGAGGGUAUUGUUGGAAACUUUGGUCCAGGUUGAAGGAGAGAUGCCCAAGAAUGACAAGAAGGUGGAACAUUACGUUGACGUUGAGGAAAAGGGCAAUGAAAAACAAACUGAACACCAAAGCAACUCUGCUCAUUGGAACUGUCAACAGACCUGUCAAAACUGCCAGAAACAGGUGUCUAAGGGAUCUUCCAAAUGUGAAGAGGAACUGUCAAGCUGCGAAAAGUCCUACCCUUCGAAUUUCAACAAAAAUGUCUGGAGUGCAAGAGCAGGCCUAGAAGUACUCCCUGGUGAAAUAGUCGAUGAGACUGCUGCAAAUUAUACUCAUUAUGAAAGUAAACACACAUCACUUAACUUCACAGUGAAUCCAAAUGUUGAAGAGUUUAAUGAUAAAACAUAUGACCAGGUAUUGUCAGAUGAAAUCCAGCCUUUCACAUUGGAUGAAGAUUUUGACUAUGACCAUGUCAAUCUCAAGCCUAAAUACACUGAGGCUGAACUUAAAACAAUCUCUGUCUUGUCAAAGCAGAGGUUAGAAAGGGAGGACUUAAUAUAGAAAAACUAAAGGAUUCGACUAUUUCCUGUUGUAUCAACCAGAUUGUCUGACUUUUGGGUGAAAACAGUGCUUUACAUCAAGCAUGAUCUGGAAGGGAGACAUUUUCAGCACACAAAAGACCAGUAUGAGUUGAAAUAAUGCUAUGAAGUAUGAGUAAAUUUUAUUCCUUAUUACUUUUAAAACAUUAAAAUAGAAAUAUUUCAUAUGAACCUAUGAUGUGCUUGCUAUUAGUAUUUGCAUGAUAUAGCUUUCUAUUUUGCAGGUAUUUACAAUAAAAAAGCUUAUACAUUUCUUUCCUUUUUCACAUUUCUAUUCAGAAGCUGAUUCUAUUUCUUUUUAAAAAAAAAUUGGAAUGAGAGAAAAGAAAUAACAAUACAUUCUAAUGUCAGGGUAAAUUAUAUCAGUUUUUUCAUGUAUAUACAAAUGAAAUGGAAAUAUUCUUUUAAUCCUUCAGUGUAACAGCUGAGACUCAAUGGCAUAUGUCCAGAUAGUCUCUAAAGAGAGAAAGCUGACAAACCAGUUGCCAAUUUUAUGCAUAUAGAGAAAAAAAUACAUUUCUGUGUGGGUUUUCCAUUGUUGUGCUAAUAUAAAAUGAUUGUAAACAUGCUGGCUGAUUUCUGAUACUCCAUUUUCUUGAUACCUGAGUAAUAUUAAUUCAUCAUUGUGGUAGUAUUAGUGCUGGUGAUGUAGUUGACUCUCUGUAGAUAAUUGUUUCCUUGAAGAUCAUGCCUUUUAAUCUGAUCUAAAAGAAUUAUAGAACUUAGGUGAGGUCAUGUUAGCACUUUGAUGAAAACGUAUAUUUAAUUAUUAUUAUUUGGAAGCUUAAGGAAAGAUAGAUUUUAGUUUUCUUCAGAGAAUUCCUUCAUAGAACCCCUACAGUGUGGAAACAGGCCCUUGGGCCCAACAAGUCCACACUGACCCUCUGAAGAGUGACCCACCCAGACCCAUUGCCCUAUCCUAUAUUUACCCCUGACUAAUGCACCUAACCUACACAUUCCUGAACAACAUUGGCAUUCAGGGAUUAAAAGGUAUGUAACAGCAGAGGUGCUGUCAGUUUAGCAGUAUCCAGAAUAUUCAAGGUGGAAGGGUAGAAGUCCUAAGUUGCUCAGAAGAAAACUCCAGAAACAGAGCACUGUUGGUAUCAGAAGAAAGGUUUUUGAAGACAUAUGUUCAAGAUGGUAAUAGUGAGUUGAGUUAGCCACUUGUUUUCAAGGUCAUGGAUAUUAAUUGAAGAGAACAGCAUCAGGUGACUACAUAGAACAUUGCUGAAAAGAAAACUGAUUGCAGCCAUGUGAGCCAAACCAUGGGGAAGAUCGAGCCAGCACAAGAAGAGGUAACCCAUUGUGGUAGAGGGGUCCAACAUGGAGGAGAUCGAGCCCUUACAGGAUUGUGAGGCCAGCAUUGCUAAGCACUUAAGAAGAAUUGUAAUGUUGAACUUUUAACUUUAUUUCUUUUUUCAUCUCUAUUAUACGUAAGAUUUUGUACCUAGGUACCU